AGUGCUGCACCAGACAGUGAAUAUUAAUUUCAGGGUUAGCCAACACACCAUUUUGAAUCUGUGCUCAGAAGCUAGCUAGCUAGCUUAUCGUAGCAUUUCCAGUGUGCUAGUAGUGCUGCUAGAGAGAAGAAAUCAAGCUCCAGCAAUGUCAAUGUGGACGGGACUGCACAUGACAGCGCGUGCCGCUCAUGGAAUUCAUGUUUCCUCGCGAUUUAUCCAUAAACACACGCGACUCUGCACCCGUUGGUCCCGAAACAUCAGCACUGGUAGACCCGUGCAAAAUGAUUUCUUCAAAGAUCUCGAGAACCAGUUCAAAGCGUUCAGGGAGAAAGCGGUAGACGCCAUGCCUGGCAGUGACUGGACUCCGUUUGAGAAGAACCGCUCACUCCCCCCUGAGAGGGCGGACAUCGUGAUCGUAGGAGGUGGCGUGGUGGGCUGGUCCAUCGCCUAUUGGCUGAAGCAGAAAGAGAUGAUUCGGGACGGGGUGCGGGUGCUGGUGGUUGAGAGGGACCCCACUUACUCCCAGGCCUCCACGGUGCUGUCUGCUGGGGGGAUUCGACAGCAGUUCUCCUUGCCAGAGAACAUCCACCUGUCCAUGGCCUCGGCUGACUUCAUGAGGAACAUCAAUGAACACUUGAGUGUGCUGAAUGACGACCCCGUGGACCUGCAGUUUAACCACUCCGGAUAUCUCUUUCUGGCCAGUGAAAAAGUGGCUCAUAUCAUGGAAGAAAACUACAACACCCAAAGAUAUGCUGGAGCAAAGGUCGCUCUUCUUUCACCCACACAACUAAAGGAGAAAUGUCCAUGGAUCAACACUGAUGGAGUAGUGCUGGCUUCAUAUGGGCUGGAGAACGAGGGCUGGUUCGACCCCUGGAUGCUGUUGAACGCUUUCAGACGGAAGGCCAUCUCCAUGGGGGUCUACCAGUGCUUUGGAGAAGUCACAGGUUUUAGGUACACCACAAACACAAUGACUACUGCAGAAGGAGACAAGGUGGAUUUCAGGAGAAUCAAAUAUGCUAAUGUCCAGAUGCCCAACAGUCUGGAGUACCAGCCUGUGGAGUGUGCCAUUGUGGUGAACGCUGCAGGGGCCCUCUCCGGUAAGGUGGCAGAGAUGAUGGGCAUCGGGCUCGGCCCGAAAGACACCAUCGCUGGAAUCCCGCUACCCGUGGAGCCCAGGAAAAGGUUCAUCUAUGUGGUCCACUGUCCAAACGGGCCAGGGCUGGACAGUCCCUUCCUCGUAGACUACUCUGGAGUGUACUUCAGACGAGAGGGGCUGGGAGGAAACUACAUUGCUGGGAUGUCACCAGAAGAGAGUCUGGGAAGCGGUCUUCAUUAUUUGCAACCCCAUCAGGAAGAGGAGCCAGAGACCAAUAACCUGGAGGUGGACCACCAGUUCUUCCAGAAGAUCUGGCCUCAUUUGGCCCACCGGGUCCCUGCUUUUGAGUGCCUCAAGGUGACGAGCGCAUGGGCCGGCUUCUACGACUACAACACCUUUGACCAGAACGGCAUCGUGGGCAUGCACCCGCUGGUCAACAACAUGUUCUUUGCCACAGGCUUCAGCGGGCACGGGCUGCAGCACUCGCCGGCAGUGGGUCGCGCCAUGGCCGAACUCAUCCUGGACGGGGGCUUCAAGACCCUGGACCUGAGCGCCUUCAGCUUCAAACGCAUCAUGACCAAUGAACCCAUGUUAGAGAGGAACAUUGUCUGAGAGGGAGAGUUAGACAUUUUUACGAAGGGAGGAAAGGGGAAUGCCAUGUCCCAUUCUACAGCCUUGUGGGAAAUAUGGUUUGCCAAAGUUUCUGGUAAGGUGAAUGGUGUCCUAUUAAUUUCUUCACUAAAGUGCAUGAGGGAGUAACCGCACAUUUCACAAGCUCAAUUCAGUGGUCUACCGGUGAGACCAGAUGGCAGCGGCCUCAGCCAAAGUGCUUUGCACUUGAACACAGUCACCCAUCGCUUGGGAGUGCUCAGAACUCCGACGGCAAGAAUUAAAAAAUGGGAUGCGUCAGAAAUGCAUCUCAGGAACGAGUGAGGGACUUUGUGGGAUGAGGAAGAGAAGAGGGUAGAAGAAAGAGCCCUGACAGCAAACAUGGACUUCUGAAGUAAGCAUGGAAUUUAGGAUGCCCAAUAUCUAACUUACUGUACAAAGAAUAAGGUACUGACAUAAAAUGCGUUAGCACAAUUAGAAAGGGUUUUAGUUGGAUAUUGGAGUAAUUUCCAUUCCUCCAAUGGUAAACCUGUAUUGAAUGACUUGAUUAUGCAUCUUUAUUUAUUUAACCAUUUUAACAAGACAUGUCACUUUACUCUUGAUCACGUAAGCAUUCAACUGUAUUUGUAUUAAAAAAAGUGAAGUCGGAAGUUUACAUACACCUUAGCCAAAUACAUUUAAACUCAGUUUUUCACAAUUCCUGACAUUUAAUCCUCGUAAAAAUUCCGUCUUAGGUCAGUUAGGAUCACCACUUUAUUUUAAGAAUGUGAAAUGUCAGAAUAAUAGGAGAGUGAAUUACUUCAGCUUUUAUUUAUUUCAUCACAUUCCCAGUGGGUUAGAAGUUUAUAUGCACUCAAUUAGUAUUUGGUAGCGUUGCCUUUUAAAUCGUUUAACUCGGGUCAAACAUUUCAGGUAGCCUUCCACAAUAAGUUGGGUGAAUUUUGGCCCAAUCCUCCUGACAGAGCUGAUGUAACUGAGUCAGGUUUGUAGGCCUCCUUGCUCGCACACGCUUUUUCAGUUCUUCCCACAAAUUUUCUAUAGAAUUGAGGUCAGGGCUUUGUGAUGGCCACUCCAAUACCUUGACUUUGUUGUCCUUAAGCCAUUUUGUCACAACUUUGGAAGUAUGCUUGGGGUCAUUGUCCAUUUGGAAGACCCAUUUGCGACCAAGCUUUAACUUCCUGACUGAUGUCUUGAGAUGUUGCUUCAAUAUAUCCACAUCAUUUCCCUGCCUCAUGAUGCCAUCUAUUCUGUGAAGUGCACCAGUCCCUCAUGCAGCAAAGGACCCCCACAACAUGAUGCUGCCACCCCCCCUGCUUCACGGUUGGGAUGGUGUUCUUUGGCUUGCAAGCCUCCCCUUUUUCCUCCAAACAUAACAAUGGUCAUUAUUACUAAACAGUUCUAUUUUUGUUUCAUCAGACUAGAGGACAUUUCUCCCAAAAAUAUGAUCUUUGUCCCCAUGUGCAGUUGCAAACCGUAGUCUGGCUUUUUUAUGGCGGUUUUGGAACAGUGGCUUCUUCCUUGCAUUCAGCCUAAGCCUUUCAGGUUAUGAUGAUAUAGGACUUGUUUUACUGUGGAUAUAGAUAAUUCUGUACCUGUUUCCUCCAGCAUCUUCACAAGGUCCUUUGCUGUUGUUCUGGGAUUGAUUUGCACUUUUCGCACCGAAGUACGUUCAUCUCUAGGAGACAGAACGCGUCUCCUUCCUGAGCGGUAUGACGGCUGCGUGGUCCCAUGGUGUUUAUACUUGCGUACUAUUGUUUGUACAGAUGAACGUGGUACCUUCAGGCGUUUGGAAAUUGCUCCCAAGGAUGAACCAGACUUGUGGAGGUCUACAAUUUUUUGUCUGAGGUCUUUGCUAAUUUCUUAAGAUUUUACCAUGAUGUCAAGCAAAGAGGCACUGAGAUCGACAGUAGGCCUUGAAAUACAUCCACAGGUACACCUUCAAUUGACUCAAAUUAUGUAAAUUAUGUAAAUUAGCCUAUCGGAAGCUUCUAAAGCCAUGACAUAAUUUUCUGGAAUUUUCCAAGCUGUUUAAAGGCACAGGUAACUUGGUGUAUGUAAACUUCUGCCCCACUGGAAAUGUAAUACAGUGAAAUAAUCUGUCUAAACAAUUGUUGGAAAAUUACUUGUCAUGCAAAGUAGAUGUCCUCACCGACUUGCCAAAACUAUAUUUUGUUAACGAGACAUUUGUGGAGCGGUUGAAAAAUUUGUUUUAGUGACUCCAACAUAAGUGUAUGUAAACUUCUGACUUCAACUGCACAUGAUGCAGUAAAGUGUUUGUAUAAAAAAAGUUAACGCUUGUGAUCAAUAGUAAAAUGAACUAGUUUAGACACCCAUGGCUUCAAUUACAAAAUCUAUGUGCAAUGGCAUAUCAAUUUACCUCAUUGCCGCCCACCAAAAUUAGCCUACAUUUAGGCUAUUGUUUGUAUUUCACACUGUUGGGGUAAAAAUGUGUAAUGCUUGUAUAAAUGUCAACCCCAGUUCAUGUUAUCGUCACCAAUCAACUGCAUUAGUUAACCGACUACCACCCUCGAUUUCUAUAUGCUAGUUAUUCUACCAGCUUAUACGAACAGGAAAUUGCAUUUAGCAGACAUUUUUGUAAACCUGAAAAGGACAACUUCUAAAUAGAUUUGUCUGUUUUCACUGCAUAAUAUCCAAAUCAGAUUUUAGUAACCACCUUGUGGACCUGUUUAUAACAUAAUCAUGAUGGGUUUGACAAAUAUCCACUUUGUUAGAUCAGCUUUUUGAAUGUGCGACAGUGUGCGUCCCAUCAUCCCCCACGGUCUGUGUCCUAUGUAUGGUUGUUUUCUUCAGUGUGUGAAUCUCCUAUGUGAUGUGCAUUGCUUAUUUUACAGGCCAAAUUUCACUGCAAUUUAUUUCAUUAAUAUGUAAAAUGACUGCCUUGUUUGAAUGUAUAGCCAAAGAGUUUUUAUUUUCAGCACAUACUGGGGAAAAAGCCCACCAAUUCCCAUACAUUGAAAGUCAUAAUGUAAAUGUGACAUGUAAACCAAUAGACAAAAUGUAACAUGGCAGCUUCCACUCUAAUUGGAGUAGAUGAACACUUCUCCAAAACAAUAUCAUUAACUCUAUAAUUUCUUCUUCUUUAUCAGCAUAUCCAAUACAGAUGGCGCUUUGUGUUUUCUACCUUCAAAAGCAAGAGAAAGAGUUAGUCCAUUAUUAUAAAUUCAAACCAUAGCAAAUAGGGGUGUGAUGUUUUAAAUGAAUUUGGGAUCGUCAACAUUUAGAAUUAUAAUUUUUUGCAAAUAAUGCUACAACAACUAUAAAUAGAUAACAUGCAUCUUUCUAAUUAUUUGCCACUGAUAAAGCGCUCCGCACCUCACUGUCAUUAUUAGUUGGGAAAAUGGCAGUGAGACAUGAAAGCGACAGCAGCUAAGUCCUGUAUGGCAAUACUUUAGUUAAAUGAGAAGGUGAUAAAAUCCAAACUUUGAAGGGGAAUUGAGCUACAGUAGCAGUAAUGGUGCAAUGCUGAAAGGGAGGCACCGUGAGACCCAUCCCGUUGCUGGCAGCAGUGGGAUAAGGGACGGAGUGAAAAAAAUCUAUGAUUGCAGCCAUUGUCAAUGGUAGAGGAUGUCUGCUUCAAUACCCUAAUGGCAUAUCUAGAGCCAGACUACAAGAUGCCAUGUCGAAAACCCACCACGAACCUGAUGGAGAAAUUGUACAACGAUUGCUCUCAAACACCAUUGUUGGACGUCUAUGAACACGCUGCAACGAGUCAUCAUAUGGAUGAGAAGUGUGACAUGAAGUCCCAUGUACUGAGAACAUGGAGGAGAGGCACAAAGAGAACCUAAAACUGCAUUUAUACCAUUGUUACUGAAUGAAUGGGGGACAGCAGUAAGGGGAGUGACGUUGGGUAGGUAGCCAGGACUGCGUUUAGAUUUUUAUAUACGCUUUAACGAUAAAUGGAAUUUUAAACGCUAAGAAAGUGUACAUUUGUCACAUCUCUAAUUGCAAACAAUGAGCUCAAAUGAAUCAUUCCAUCAAGGAUAUAGCAGUACAUAUUUAUGAUGUUUAUUUGGACAAGGAACAGCUAAUCUGCAGUCCCUGUCCUAAAAACCGACAAUUUGUCCUUUCAUCAACAGUAAAGUUAGUUGUCAGUACUAGCGAUUUAAGUAGUAAUUUGUAAGGCAUUCAGGGUGAUAUUCUGACUUGAUCCAUGUGCACAACUUGGACUUUCGCAUAUCAUUUAUUGAUAUCAUUGGGAGAUUUGCAUGCAAGUUUGAGCAUGCAGAUCCAAAGUCAGAAUAUGGCGCUCUGUGUUAUCCUAUACUAUGGUUAAGGUUAGGGGAGGGGAAGCUGAUCCUAUAGCUGUACCUAGGGGAAACAAACCUUUCUCCUUCUUGCUGGGUGACUCAUCACUGGAAUGUGGGGAUCUCUUUGCAUAGGCUGCCUUCAUCCUCUGGAUGUUCUUCUUGCUGAUCACCUCGUGCUCCACUAUGGGCCGCGGGUAGUCCUUACCUACAAUGCACCCUGCUGCCUCCUGGACGCUGCGGGGAGCCUUCCACGGCUCGUAGAUGUACUGAGCUGGGUACUUCUUCAAGUGGGGCAGGUAUUUCCUACAACACAGAUGAUUGUGAUUGGUUAGAACUCGAGGGGGGGGGGGGUGUCCUUCCUACAAUGCACAGGUUCAUGAAUGGUUGUGGUUAACAAUAGAUAUUGUAUCAUAAAUCGCACUCACAGCGUUAAAAUAAUUGUUGCAAAUGUAUGGUCUGUUUAUAUAUUUUAGGUUUACGGUUGGUGUACAUUUUUUAUAAUGACUUUUAGGGUGACUAGAAUUCCAUUACACUUUCUGAUACACACAUGCCUUUUUAUUUUUCUGCAUAAGUAAAAGCAGGAAAUUCAUCA